AUGAGAGAGCUUAGAGAAUUGAUUGUUCAUUGCUGUGAAGUAAAAAGACUAAUCGAUGUCUGUCCAAACGCGUUGAUCGGUUGUUUUUUAUUCACAGCAAUAAAAUUAUGCGUUAUUUCAGACAAACUGUGGGAUCAAGGUUGGGCUGGUCAACCAAGAAAUGGUGCAAACAUGCUAGCAGGUCUCCCGACCUUAACAAAUCCGAGCGAAAUUGUGCGGAUUGGCGAUGAUUUCGCUAAUACCGCCUUUCGCUCGGAUGUCAUGUCAACAGUUGAAGAGGCGGCACAUUCAUGCUGCUCGAAAACAGUAAUGAAAAGCAGCAUACGUGAAUGGGCUGCCUUCCAAGGAAUCGGACUUGCGGCUAGUUGGCCAACAUGGCGAGGCUGUACAAUUUUUCGUACGGCAUAA